AAUAUCUGCCGAGAUAUUGAAUAUUUUAAAUUAGUUAUUGGAGAGAAAAUGGACGAAGACAUGAAAAAAGAAUGUUUUUUGGAAGAAUUUAAAGAAGCGAGAGAAAUAAAUUUGAUUGUAGAUGGCAUCCGUACUACUGCCAAGAAGCCAAUAAAGUCAGAACUUGUACUUCAGCGGUUCAAUUUUGUCAUAAGUCAAUACCAGGAGCAGCCGCAUUUGCUUGACAGACAUUUAAAGCAACUUUUUGAUAAAUUGCUGGUUGCCAUCAAGGAAAACACAGCUGAUAAAACACUUGUUCAUUUUGCUUGCAAGUUUCUUUACAUAUUAAUAAAGACACGUGGUUACAAAGCUGCAUUGUGUAUGUUCCCUCAUGAGGUUACUGACUUGCAGCAUAUAUUGACCAUCCUGCAUAAUGAAGAUCUCCUCGACUUUGAGGGAUUUGAAUGCAGAUACGUCUGCUUCUUGUGGCUCUCUAUCGUCUGCCUUAUACCAUUCCAUCUUUCUCGAUUUGAUGAUGCCAGCAAUGCUAACAAGACCACACUAAACGUCAUAUUCGAUCUUGUCUUGAACUAUCUUGAUAGCAACAACAGAUGUCAGGAUGCCAGCGCAUUCGUCUUGGCCAGGUUCCUCUCCAGGCCUGAUGUCAGGCAUGACAAACUACCCCUCUUCAUCAGUUGGGCUAUUCAACAAUUCAGGGAAAGAUCUGGAGUUAGUACAGUUCAAAAGAUGAUGGGCCUCCUGAUUGCAUGUGCGUCCCUUUUCAAAGUUGGACCAAGAGAUCAACUGAUUCUUUAUGGUGGGGUAUUGAUGAAUGAGAUGAUGGAGUUGAAAGUGAACAUCGAUGCAAACACGAAAGUCAGGAAGCUGGCAUUGAAAGUCGUUCAGAGGAUUGGUCUUGUCCACCUGAAGCCAAGAUUAGCUGAUUGGAGAUAUAAAAGAGGAUGUAGAAAUCUGGUGGAUAAUUUGAAGAUGAUGCCUACCGCUGCUGCUACUGCUGCUGCUGCUACUACUGCUGGCGAUGAUAAUGAAGUUCUAUUAUCAUCAAGCCACACUAACAGUAUUUAUUGCAAUGACGAUAAGGAUGAUGAUGCUGGCUGUGUUCCUGAUAUCGUUGAGACUGUCAUUGAAACAUUAUUGUUGGGAUUGAAAGAUAAAGACACCUCAUGUAGAUGGUCUGCUGCCAAGGGGAUUGGUCGGAUAACAUCUCGCCUUCCUCUCUCAUUGGCUGAUGAAGUUCUUUCCUCUGUAAUGGAACUUUUUACUUCUACUUCUAAUGAAGAUGCCUGGCAUGGAGGUUGUUUGUGUCUGGGUGAACUUGGACACAGAGGAGCGCUGUUGCCGCAGAAACUUGAUGAUGUGGUUGAUGUAGUUGUGCGAUCACUGAAUUACGAUGAGAGACAUGGGUUGUGUUCAGUUGGUUGCAACGUUCGAGAUGCCGCUUCAUUCAUCUGCUGGUCGUUUGCGCGUGCAUUUGAACCCGCAAUCUUGUCUCCGUACAUGAAGAAAGUGAUCACCUCACUUUUAAUCACCUGCCUCUUCGAUAGGGAAGUCAAAGUGAGAAGGGCUGCAUCGGCUGCAAUGCAAGAACUCAUUGGCAGGCAGGGCAGUGUGGUGAAUGGGAUUGAACUGGUCACAAGCUGUGAUUACUUUGCCGUGGGCAGCCGUUCUAAUUGCUACCUACAUUUGAGCAAGCUGAUUAGCAGUUAUGAAGAGUACAGGCAGCCAAUCGUUGACCACCUCAUUAAAAACAAGCUCUCCCAUUGGGAUAUAAACGUUCGUGAACUUGCAGCGGAGGCGCUCGGUCAGCUCACUGAAAUGUCAUUCAAUUACUUUGUAGAUUCUGGUGGCCUGAGUGGCAUCCUGUUGGAGUGUUGCACGCCUGCAGAUCUGCCGAACAGCAGACACGGAGCUGUCCUCUCCUCUGCUCACAUCAUCCACUCAAUCUCUAUUUAUGCUACAAACACCUUAAACAGAACCAUCAACGAAGUUUUGUCGCCAGAGGUCAUUGAAUCCAUUGAACAUGUCAUAAGCAAGGCAAAUUCGUUGAACUAUUUUCGAGGUUACCACGGCGAUAUGAUGAAGAAGGCCUGUUGUUUUUUCAUGAAGCAAGUGUCGUCAUCAAAAUUCUCAGCCAGUUGCAGCGAUAUGAUUGAUAGCUGGAUGUCUCUUCUCAAUGAAUGUAUGCACAAUGAAGACCCCUCUGUACAGGAGUGGGCCAUCGAUGCAUCUACAUUUAUUAUCGACCAAUAUUUCAAAAGUGACCUCCAUAAGUUAGGUGACCUCAUGUUGAUGUACAUGGAAGAAUUACAGCACGUGCAACCGCAUGUCAGGUGCGCUUUUUGUCGGGCUGUCGGUCAUCUGCCGCUCUUUGCAUUGCAGAUGAAAACUGCUGAUAAUAACGAACAGCACUUGUUUCAGCAACUUCUACGUCACUGCAUUCAUCCAUCACUUAUCCUUCGUUCAUUCCAGUCUCUAAUGAAUAUUAGAGAGAAUGUUGUUGAUGGCGCUUUUCAGAUAGCAGCCUACAAGACAACGGUGGAAGAGCGUAAGGACGCAAUACAUUCUGUUGCUCGGCUUUGCCAGAAUGAAGAGUUUAUCAGCAGCUGCCUGGUCAGUGAUGUCUUGCUAGCAACCAUCUAUCAAAUCCUUUUCAUCUCUGUAAACGAUUACACUGUUGACGACCGAGGAGACGUCGGAGCAUGGGUGCGAGAAUCUUGCAUGCAAGCUCUCUAUGACAUAACGGCAACUGUUUUAAAGACAGACCUUCAUCGUCUUACUCCUCGCAUAUAUCUCAAGAUAUUUCAAAGCUUCGUGCAACAGUCAUGCGAGAAAAUUGAUCGAACUAGAAGCUUAGCUGGAAAUCUUUUCUACAAGCUUCUUUAUCACAUCCCUGCCGUGCCACAAAUCCCAGAAAUGGAUAGAUUGAAAGAUGUAUUUAAGUAUAAAGAGAAGUCGAUGAUUAACUGGUCGUCACCUAAGCAAACAUUUCCUUUAUUUGCACAGCUCUUGUCUUCUAGACAUUAUUCCUAUCAUGUAACACUGGGUUUUGUCGUUAGCGUUGGCGGACUUACAGAAUCACUUGUGAAGUGUUCCGCUGAGAAUUUAAUCAAACAGUUGAAGUUAAUGCCGGUUGAUGAUUUGAAGUCUUUCUGUGACGUGUUCAUUCGUUUGUUUGAGGAUCAUCACAAAAGUGAUCGCGUCAUUGUGCCAAUAUUUAAAACCAUCGACAAAUUAAUUACUUCCGACUGUUUUGCAAACUUAGAUGAGUGCUGCAAGAAUGAGUUCAUGAUGCAAUUAGUGAAACUGACAAUCAGCGAAAUCACAAAAUGCAAGGAUGUCAAAAAGAUUUUGCCUUCCAUUGAUAUCUUGUGUGGAUUAAUGGAUCUCUGUCCCGAAUCACGUAGCACUUGCUUGUCCAGGUUAAUGAUACUUUUGUGUCAUGGAUACCCUAUACUUCGAAAAACGUCUGCUUCUCGAAUGUAUGAAACUUUCAUGUCUUCAGAAUCCAUUUGCAGUGCUGAGGUUUUUGAUGAAGUAACUAACAUACUGAUCAACACCAAUUGGGACAUGGAUGUCAGCGAACUUCGGCCAAUUAGAAAUGAAUUGUGCGACUUGCUUGGUAUCCCUCAUCCUCUAUUACUGAAAACUAAUUAGAUGACCACGUACUAGUCUACAAUUGUUUUUAUUAAUGCCCGAAAGUCGAAACUUCAAUUUGUCUUUCAAAAUGCUUUGUGCCCAAUAAAUUGUCAAUUUGGUGU